AUGAAGAAACCGAAGAACUUAUAUAUGAAUGAAGAUUUGGAAGCCGAAAAAGCACCACGUUUAUCGAAGUUCACUUCUGAACGGGUUAAGCCGAUAAGUUUGGAGGAUAACUUGUCUCGAUCAUCUCAAGUGCAUUCGGUGAAGAACACGACAGGCACAACUCGUGCACCGAAAGUUUUCAUUAACCCUCAUCACAGAGGCGUUCUGAGACCACAAGGAUCAACACCACAUAGCUUACCGUUGCCAUGGGAAGCGGCAGUUAGAGUACCUAGUGUACCAGGUUUACGACAUCCGGUAGCCCUUCCACUACCAAACAGUGUCACAAUGUUGCCACAAGUGUCACAUUCAGUCCCUUUUCCUAUUGUUCCAUCAUCAUCCACAGAUUUCUCGCGUCCACCACCCCAAAUCAUGCCACUUCCAAAUUAUUCAACACCACCUCCAUCUGUUUAUUCCUAUUCUACAGUAUCUUCGCGUUCUUCAUCACGUUCGCCUUAUCGCCGAGUUCAUUCACGCAGUCGUCGUUCAUCUUCACGUCGUCCGUUCAACCAUCGUUCAAGGAAUGAAGUGAUACGUCGACGUUCCAGAGACCGUUUGAAAAAAUCUGGCGAUGGUCAUAGAGAGUCGGUAUACCAUUAUGAUCGUACUAGAAAUCGUGCAAAUGAUGUAGCGAAGCAGGAAAAGACUAUGGAAUGCGCGAAAGCAAUUGGUUUAGACAGUGAAUAUUUGACAAAGCUGGAGGAGCAGAAAAAAAUGCGCGAAGUGAUUUACGAAAAAAGAAGAGCGGCGUAUUCAAACUGUUCAACGUCUUGGAGGACCAAUUUCUGCAUCCGACCAGAAGUCUAUGCGGCAGUUGAACCGUACCAUGGAAUUCGAAAUGGAAGAAAGGAGCCUGUGAGUGGUACAAGUAGUGACGUUUCACGAGAAGCCGUUAACGUUAACCGACUAGAAGCAUCAGUUUGUGCGGAAAAAGGUGUAGCUACUAAUAGUAGUGUCAUACAAAAAAUGGAACCUGCUGUGGUCGGAAAUGAUCCCAAUAUGGAGCAAACGGCUGCAAGAGUUACUGCAGUUACAUCAGUUCGUCGUGCUAAGCGAGAAAACGAACAGAAUCCGGAGCGAACACGGAAGAAGAAAGCUUAUUUGGCUGUUGUUAUCAGUUCAUUGAAUCAGGCUCCGAUCAAUGUAGACAGAAUCAGGAUCAUUGCUGAGACUAUUGGGCCUACUAAGAAAGUGUGGAGAUCGUCGGAGAAUACCGUAUCGCUUAUUUUUGAGGAACAUGAGAGCGCCAAGAAAUUCAUGUUUCAUUAUCACAAUCGAGUAAUCCACGGUGUACAACUUGCUGUAACGCUACAAAAAUUGUUCGCUAAUUUGACGGAACUUCCAUGA